AUGGGCAACUUUCUCUCACAAUUCAGCGUCCUCGUCAGCAAGGAUAACGACGUCAACUUGCCCGAUGUCCAACUCGACUUUGAGGCCCUAGGCUCCUCAAUGUCAGAUGAAGAUGCUGCAUCCUACUCCAACGUGCUGCAUAUGCUCGAACCAACUGCAGAUCUGUUGGAACUCCUCCGGACUUAUCAGGGUUGUGGAGAUCAAAUUCGUCAGGCCAUUGGAUCACCCUCGCCUGAGACGGAGGCAGAAGCCUGGAAGCACGUCAGUGCUGCGGUUGCCAAGCUCAAGAUGUUCUACAAGUACUCGACCUCUAUUGAAAACUGCUUGCCUCAGAUCCUUCAGACCCUUUGCAUUGGAGACGUCAACAAGAACUUGGAGAAACAUCAAACGCUUGCCAAGAUCCUCUGCCAGCUCUUGGACUUUGUGUUUGAGUUUGACUCGCUCAAGAUGAAGACGCCCCAGAUCCAGAACGACUUUUCAUACUACAGGAGGUGCCUUUCACGCGGAAAGCUGUCGAACGACGGCGAUCUCAAAUCAGCCAUGAACGAGGAUGAGCUCGCCAACAAGGUCUCGUUCUUUUACGCAUAUCCAACACCCAUGCUCAAGACGGUGACAGAGGUGACGACCGCGUUUGUGGACCGGCAUCGUGUGGUCAGGAGUGUCUCGGAGUGCUUGGCGACCUUGGCUGGUGUCUGUUACAACACUGUCAGCAACUUGAAGAAGAAGCCUCAGCGACCAGAGACGACGGCGUUUUGUUUGCGCGUCAUGGUGAUUGCCAUCAUUAUCUACGACCACAUUGACCCCCAGGGGGCAUUCAAUAAGUCGUCCCCCAUCAACAUCAAGUCGUCCGUCAAGGCGAUUCACUCUCACGGCAACUCGAGCGAUACUCCCAACCUGAUCUCUGCUCUUCGGUUCAACACCAAGCACCUGAACGACUCUAGCACACCCAAGGCCAUCAAGACUCUUAUGGCCUCCUGUGCAUAG